CUUAAUCAAUCUUUAAUUAAAAAAUAACUAAUACACAAAAACUAUAUUAUAUAUAUGAUCUUUCUGUCUCUUUUUGGAAGUUAAAAGAAAUAUUUUUCCCAAAAGAAACAAAGAAACUCGACUCUAUUUGUGGCAAAAGGAUAAAUCAUGAAUAUAAGAAAGAAUGAUAUGAUGAUGAGUAGUGUUCAACAAACUGCAAAUUCUUCUCCUCCUCCUCCACAUAUGUAUCCAGAAGAACUUCAACUUAAGCUUUAUCAAGCUUUUAUAUUUUCAAUUCCUAUACUUUUUUCUAUUAUUCUUUUUCUUCUAUUUUACUUGUUUUAUCUCAAGAGAAGAGCUUCUUCUUUCUCUCCACACUUGCUUCCAAGGAUUAAUCCUCCAACUACCUAUCGUUAUUAUUCCUCUAAUUCCUCACCUCGUCGUUUGGAUUUUGCUGUGCAAUUCUUGGACAAACUUCCUAGAGUUUUGUUUGAUGAGGAUUUACAAGCUAGGGAUUCAGUAUGUUGUGUAUGUUUGGGAGAAUUUGAGUUGAAAGAAGAGUUGCAACAGAUUCCAUAUUGCAAGCAUGUGUUCCACAUUGAUUGCAUACAUCAUUGGCUACAAACAAAUUCAACUUGUCCACUUUGUAGAUGUUCCAUCAUUCCCACUACUACCAAGUUCCUUGAUCCACCACCUCCUAUUAAUGUUAUUAUAUCAGACCCACCACAUCAAGGUCCUAUCAAUUCUGAUUCUCCAUUACAAAUUUCAUCAUUAGAAGAUGAACCUGUUGGUGCUUCCACAACUGUUGUGUCAAGAGAAUGAUGCAUUAUUUUGAUUAUAAUAUUUAAUUACUAUGAAUAAUAUAAGCAAAUAGAAAUGCAUUUUGAUGUGCAUUCAAUUUUGUUACCAAAUAGUAUUAUGAAUUUGUACUUUGUUGUCCUGAUUAACCAAAAUCGUAGUAUGUUUUUUUUUUA